GAUUGCCAACCUUCCCAACCAGCGUCACAAAAUCGUUGCCAAACACGGAGCCCAUUUUACCAUAAUGGUCGUCGGGGAGUCCGGACUCGGGAAGACAACACUGAUUAACACCCUCUUUUCUACUGAAUUGUCUCCGCCUAAAAACUACUCUCGUCGGCACCACAAACAGUUGGAUAAACUUACGGAGGUCGAAAUCAUCAAGGCUGAACUCGAGGAGAAGCAGUUCAAGGUCAAACUCACCGUCAUUGACACACCUGGGUUUGGCGACUAUGUCAACAACCGUGACUCUUGGUCUCCCAUUGUUGAAUUCAUCGACGACCAACACGAAGCUUACAUGCGUCAGGAACAACAACCUCAACGGUCUGAAAAAACGGAUCUGAGAGUACACGCAUGUCUAUACUUCAUUAGACCAACAGGACACACUCUCAAACCUCUCGACAUUGAAAUCAUGAAGCGUCUGGGCACUCGUGUCAACUUGAUUCCUGUCGUUGCAAAGGCGGACACUUUGACCCAGAAUGAUUUAUUCUUGUUCAAGCAACGUAUUCGAGAUGUCAUUCAAGCUCAAGGUAUCCGUAUCUAUACCCCUCCUAUUGAGGCUGACGAUGAGGGUGCCGACCACGCCCGCGUAUUGACCGAGGCGAUUCCAUUUUCCAUCAUCGGUUCGACCGAGGAUGUGCAAACUGCCGAUGGGAGAGUUGUCAAAGGGCGUGAAUACCUUUGGGGUGUUGCUGAAGUCGAGAAUGAGGCGCACUGCGACUUCAAAAAGCUUCGCUCCCUCCUCAUUCGCACACAUAUGCUUGAUCUGAUUUCGACGACCGAAGAGUCCCACUACGAGAAUUACAGACAGCAACAAAUGGAGACUCGCAAAUUCGGGGAACCGAAGGUUAAGAAGCUUGACAACCCCAAGUUCAAAGAAGAAGAGGAGGCGUUACGGAAGAGGUUCACUGAACAAGUUAAAAGCGAAGAGGCUAGAUUCAGGCAAUGGGAACAACACCUUAUCGCCGAACGUGACCGCCUCAAUAAAGACCUGGAGAUGGCCCACAGCGCUAUCAAGCAGUUGGAAGCCGAACUGGACAAUCUCCAAGUUGGCUACAACCGUGGUUCGGGCAGGCGUUAA